AUGGGACUCCUCCGUGCAGCAACCACUUUCAGCGUCAAAGAUUUCACAGUCUCGGCGACCACUUGGCUUACCAUCUCUUUCCGUCCUUUCCUCCAGCAAGCCUUCUUCUUCGUCAUCAAUUCCUUCUUUCCAAUCAUGUUCCGGGCCAACAAGAGGGUUACCUCUACCACUGCUUCUGCUCCCUCUCCUGCUGCUGGCGGCAUGGAUGUCAUGGAGGUGACCAGACCCCGCUCGGCUGCCGGACCGGCAAGGCCCCCGUCGAGGAUGCAGCGCAAGCCUAAGCCCCAGGGACCCUGGCCCAGGGAUGCUGGUGGUCAGUAA